CGUUAACUGGCAAAUGGCUAACUUCUAGUUGUCACGUUGUUACAUUUUAGAGUUUUUGUUCUGGCGAUCAGUUAAAACAACGAUGCACUACAGCAUUAAGAAAUACGUUGAAGCAGUGACAUGACGUUGAGAGAAACUCUCUGGAAACAUGAUACGGUCGCUGGCUCCUAGUCAAAGAGGAAAGCGUCCACUGCUUUUAGACAUAUCCAAUGAUAUUCCCAGGACAUUACCUACCCAAACAGUUAAACAGAUUGAGAAACGGUGUCGUCGAAAUGAUAGGACCAUUGCCAUUCCAGAGUGUAAAGUGGUUGCUCUUACCGCUGAAGAUGUAUCCGCUACACAGGAAAUUAUAUCUGAACAUGAACAGCGAGUUCGUAAGUUACUUAGCAAGCCAUUUAAAAUUCCUAUUCCGGGAUAUCAAUUAUCGGGUCGAGCACUUGGGAUGCGUCUGUCUGGCCCUCGCAGAGCAUUAUACGACCCAAAUGAAGCAAAUGCUUUGGUCGUGUAUGUUCCACCGGAACUCUCUGAACAUGACAAGUUGAAAUUAGACCCAUGUAAGCAGCUAGUACAUGUGGUCGUAGACCCGGUGCUUUGUAAUGUCUUACGACCCCAUCAACGGGAAGGUGUUAAAUUCAUGUAUGAAUGCGUUACAGGAAAACGUAUAGAAAAUGCUUAUGGUUGCAUAAUGGCCGAUGAAAUGGGUCUCGGGAAGACCUUACAGUGUAUAACUCUAAUGUGGACACUCCUCAAACAAGGUCCUGAAGCUAAACCACUUAUAGAGAAGGCAAUUAUCGUUGCUCCUAGUUCAUUAGUAAAGAAUUGGUACAAUGAGAUCAUGAAGUGGCUAAACAAUAGAGUUCGGCCUCUAGCAAUAGAUGGUGGCAGUAAAAGUGAUAUCGACGCAAAGCUAAAUGGAUUUAUGAAAACUUAUGGGCGUAGAUGUGCCAAUCCAGUAUUAAUAAUUAGUUAUGAAACAUUUCGUCUACACUCCAAAGUUCUUCAUGAUGACGAAGUCGGGUUGGUGUUGUGUGAUGAAGGCCAUCGAUUGAAAAAUUCUGAAAAUCAAACAUAUCAAGCCCUUAUGGGCCUCAAAGCUAAACGAAGAGUUCUACUUAGUGGGACACCCAUUCAAAACGAUCUUCUGGAGUACUUUUCACUUGUACAUUUUGUAAAUCAGGGACUCCUUGGUACUGCCCAGGAAUUUAGAAGAAAGUUUGAAAAUCCAAUCUUGAGGGGACAAGAUGCAAACGCUUCCAAUGAAGAUCGUAAAGUUGCUCAAGAGAGACUGGAAGAAUUAGUUACCAUUGUUAAUAAAUGCUUAAUCCGUCGAACUAGCGCUCUACUCUCCAAAUAUUUACCUGUUAAACAUGAGAUGGUCAUUUGUAUAAAGAUGACAAAACUGCAGACUGAUCUCUACAAUAACUUCAUUAACAGCGAAGCAGUUAGACGGUCCAUGCAAGAAAAUGAUACAGGGACCACAAAGAAAGGAAGUAUAUCGGCACUCGCAGCAAUUACAUUACUCAAAAAAUUGUGUAAUCAUCCGGAGCUGAUUUAUGAAAAGAUUUUGGAAAAAUCUGACGGUUUUGAAAAUGCUCUGAAUCUAUUGCCAUCUAAUUACAGCACCAAAGAUGUUAUGCCGGAAUUAUCCGGAAAACUUAUGGUAUUGGACUGCCUUUUGGCAACGAUCAAAUCUACGACAGAUGAUAAAAUCGUUUUAGUGUCUAAUUACACUCAGACACUGGAUUUGUUCGAAAAACUCAGCCGCAAACGGUGCUAUCGUUACGUGAGACUCGAUGGUACAAUGAGUAUUAAGAAGAGAGCCAAAGUUGUGGAUAAUUUCAACGAUCCAAACAGUGGAGAUUUUAUCUUUAUGCUUAGCUCUAAAGCAGGAGGGUGCGGACUGAAUUUAAUAGGAGCGAAUCGUCUAGUAAUGUUCGAUCCAGACUGGAAUCCUGCGAACGAUGAUCAGGCUAUGGCUCGAGUAUGGCGAGAUGGUCAGAAAAAACCGUGUUUCAUCUAUCGCUUCUUAUCCACUGGAACGAUAGAGGAAAAGAUUUUCCAGCGGCAGGCUCAUAAAAAGGCAUUAAGUUCAACGGUGGUCGAUCAGGAAGACGAUGUCGCUAGACACUUUACGCUUACAGAUCUUCGCGACUUAUUCGGUUUAGAAGAGGAUACCAUCUCGGAUACUCAUGCAAAGUUCAAAUGUAAAAGAUGUGUCAAUGGUGUCGAAUGUAAAGGUCCUCCUGAACAGUCGGACUGCAACUCCGAUCUGUCGGAUUGGAGACAUGCUCAUAAUGCUCGAACCCUUCCGGACAUACCUCUGCGUCAAUGUUGGUCAAGUGGCAUUUCAUUUGUGUUCCACCAUCGCUCGCACGAACAAGUAAAGACAGAAAGUGUAUGAAGCACAAUUAUGCCAUUUGUGGCACUCAAUAUGCUUUUAGAAGAGACGUUCUUCUACAAUGUAGCGGAAAAAUAAAUGAAGAAGAAUAUUGGUCUCCAAUGAAACAAUAUGAACAAGAUGUGAGCCUGAAAGCAUUGUACAAUGUGGAGGUAUUUACACUAAUAUUCUUGUUCCCAUCAAUUUAUUCCUGACAACGAGAAAGUUUUUAUAAUUAAAAUUUAAUUUUUUAUGCCACGUUGUCAGUGCGAGGGAAGUGAUAAUAGUACGUACAAAUGUGUAAACGUAGUAGGUCGUCUGUUAUUACAAAUGCUAGUAAAUUUGUUUAUUUUGUACAUGAAGUAGAAUGUAAUGAUGGUAGACUGCUAUUUUUUGCACUUUUUGAAGAUAUUCGAAAUAAACAAGGGUCGCUGAGGUAUUGAGAUUGAAAA